GCGUGGUUUAUACCGAGCUCCUUCUUGAGACGGCUUUUUACCUCAGACGGCAACUAUGGCGGCGGGAGGAAACAUGAGUCGCGUCCCGGAUGUCGAUAUCGACCCAGACGGCGUCUUCAAGUACGUUCUCAUUCGCGUCACGCCAGAGGAGACGGGGCCGGUCAAAGACAUCGUCCGCGGCUACGCCUGGGCCGAAUACCACGCCGACAUUUAUGACAAAGUGGCCGAAGAGCUGGAGAAGCAGGGCUUCGACUGCCAGUGCCUUGGGGGCGGACGCAUCUCCCACGAAAGCAAAGCCAAGAAGAUCCACGUUUACGGCUACUCAGUGGGUUUUGGCCGAGCCAAGCACUCCGUUUCCACCGAGAAAUUGAAGGCUGCCUUCCCCGGCUAUGAGGUCACCUGGUCUGACGAAGGCUACUGACCAUUGCAGGAUCUGGACAGAGGCCUCCAUGGCUCUGUGGGCGUCUGGCCUGGCUCCCGUCCCAACAGGAAGUGGACAGACGGAGAGGGAACGGGGUCCAUUCCCCUGAGAAGGGCGGGGGGGGGGGGUACCCUGGGUCAAGUUCGAGGGAAUAAAUAUAUAUCUCUGGCAUCGA